AUGGCUCCGAGAGCGCUACGCAAACUCCAACGUGAGCAGGAACUGCAGAGGCAGAUCGCCGCAGCCAAGAAUGCAUACCAGGAGGCUGAGGAGUCACAAGAGGAAGAGGAGGAGCAGGAGACUCCGGAGGCAGCCUCCAUACCAGUCCGGCCCGCAAAUGCUUUUGACAUGUUAGAGGGAAUUGAAGAUGCGGACGAGUCAGACCUGAAUGAAGAAGACUUGUCCACAUCAGCAGCCCUGUCUCGACCUGACAAUGCUUCGCCGCCCACCACAGCGACCGCUGCAAAGCCCAAAGCCAAGAAGAAAAAGAAAGCAAAAGGUAAAAAGAAGGACAAGAACAAGGCUCCAGACUCGACUCAAAUGAAGGACGAAUCCGGGGACGAAAUCGAUCGCGCUUUGAAAGAAUUGGCCGUUAAAGAUGCCCAGGGACAAUCCAUCCCUGACAACGGCCAACAUACGCCAGAUUGGGAAUCGACAGCCACGAAACUACUCACCAUCGAUAGAAACAAUUUGAAUCCUACGAACGAGAUGAAGAGUCUAUUCGGCAACAUCGCUUUAGAGGGCCAGGAGUCACGGUCUACGCCCCGCGGUCAGCGGCGGCGUGAACAGAAUCUACAAGGUGGAGUGGAUCUGGCCACAGCUCUGACCGGAAGAUAUUGCGCUGCAAGCAAAGGCAAGGAGCUUGGAUCUCUUGCGUCGAGACGGAAUGUUUUCGUACAGGGGCGGGAAGAGUGGCCACUGGCGACCAGUGGGGGACUGAGCAUGGAACACGUUCCUGACACGACGUCCUUCGAGAAACGAUACAACAUCAUUCACAACAGCGUGUACCGAGAGACGCAGGUGCACUUCCUGAUGGCAGUGGAAUCAAUGGACCCUCAGAGAAUGGUGGGCCUGCUAUCUAUGUACCCCUACCACAUCGCGACCCUCCUCCAAGUCUCCGAGAUUGCAAAACACCAGGGUGACCAUGCGGUUUCCGCAGACCUGAUCGAGCGUGCUUUGUACUCGUUUGGCAAGUCAGUGCACAGCUCUUUCCCGACAUCCAUGAGGGGUGGCGUUGCCAGACUUCCAUUUGAGAAGCCUUCAAACCGCGAACUUUAUCUCGCAAUAUGGCGGUACAUCAAGAACCUUGAGAUGAGAGGUACAUGGCGAACAGCAUUUGAAUGGUCCAAGCUCCUCCUUCAGCUCAACACGAGGACAGAUCCAUAUGGGGUGACGUUGAUGAUUGACCAACUCGCGCUUAGGGGCCGCCAACAUGCGCAGCUGAUUCAGCUCUGCUCGGAAGACGGAUAUGGACCGUCAUGGGAUUUCUUGCCCAAUAUUCAGAUAUCCCUGGCGAUAGCAUAUCACAGAGUUGGCAGGCCGCGGGAUGCAAGGAGACAGCUUGCAGUUGCUACGCACAAAUACCCCUACAUCGUGUCGGCCCUGGCCUCAGCGCUCGACAUUUCUCCACUUCCAAAAUCCCUGUGGGCAAAACUUCCUUCGACUGACGCCGAGAAGCUCUACACGCAACUCUACGUCACUAGGGCCAAAGACCUUUGGAACACUCCGGAGACAACCAGUCUCCUUGUCGAGGUAGCAGAAACGCUAUCCCACUACAGCGACGCGAUCGCGUCCGCUGAACCCGCUCCCAAACUAGAAAUAUCUCUCGAAGAAGCCCGACACAUCAUGCUUCUUGAGAUUCCGUCUCUGAUCGCCCUUCUCCCACGUCGCUUCACCGCAAUGCCCACGUCCUCGUUCGACGUCCUUCCUCCUCCAGACACACUGACCGACUUCAUCAUCCGGGCUCCUUCGGGCGCUGGACGUGGCCAUGGCCCUAUGCAAACUAUCUUCAACGCAGCGGGCGCCACUGCAGGCGCCACAGGGGGCCUGUUGCAGCGUAUCAUGAACUGGUUCCAGACGCCUGCGGGCCCCAACGAUACGGAGGGCGAAUCUGAAGGUCAAGCCGCUCUUCGUAACCUACAGGAACAGCUUGGCGGGAACGUGCCGCCCGAAAUGAUCGAGCAACUACUCCAGAUCCAUCUAGAUGAGGCCACCGACCAGGAGCAGGGGGUCAACCCUGCCGGGCUGGGGAUGGCAGGCGGUUGGGAUCAUUACGAAGAAGCGAACAACAACAACGAGACGGAGGAUGAGGAGGAGGAGGGUGAUGAUGAGGAAGCGGAGUACAGCGACUUGCCAGAGCUUGAGUCGCUCCCUAGUUAUGGAUCUUUGCACCUGCGGGAGAUUAUGCGGAAUCGACAGAAUCGGCAGAAUCCUUAUGCAGCUACAGUUGAGGAGGACGAGCCCGAAGACGUCCAGCGCUCACGGAGCACUACGAGUGGUCGUGCGGUCCUUCGCCGCGUCGACUCGGACGAAGAAGACGAAGACGAUGAUGAAGUGCAGAUUCCCACUUCAACUAACAUACCUCGACCGGCCCGCACCACGGCGCCUUCACCGAGAGAUAGGGCCGAACCUGAACUCCAAACUGAUGGUUCCACAAACGCCGCAAUAGACUUGACUGACCCGCAACGUCUGCAGCGCUGGCUCCUCACCACUGGACUGACAGAUCUCCAGUCAUCACCCGACACGUUGAGCUCGUACGUCUCGCGCCUCAGGACGCUGCGCAAGCCGCAGCAGGACUGGGUCGUGAACAUGGUGCGCCAGCGUGCCGGUCCGGAUCUCGAAGCUAAGGUUAGAGAAGCAUUAAGCUGA